AUGCAAGUAGCACGAAAGAUUCCGUUUGGUGAUCCCCAAGUAUUAUUUGGAAUGCGGAUGGCAUAUGUUUCGAGUCAAGUGAUCUGUCUGUCUAUCUAUUAUUGGCUAUCUCACAAGAUCAAGACGAAAAAUGAUACGACAGUCUUAAAAUACGUGGAACCCAGUCCUCCUAUGACAAACGAGCCCGGCAAGCUGGUCACCACAACAAAUCGGGAUUACGACCUCGCUCAAUCCUCAUCCGGACUUCGUAGCGUACUCAUGGGUGUCCUGAUGAUGUGCUUCUUGCAUCUCUACAUGAAAUAUGAUGCCCCACUCUUCCUUCAAUCGAUCAUGCCACUCAAAACGGUUUAUGACAACAAACUCGUCCAGAUCCAUCUGUUCGGCCACCCCGCAACAGGAGACUAUAAGAGGCCGUUCCAAACGUCUGGAUUCAUGGGUGCUGCUACAAAUGCUAAGACGGAUGCCAAGAGUAUCAAAGAGGCUGAACAGGCCAGCGUCAAGAAAGAGCAGUAG